UCAUCCAUUUUAUGCAUAUAUUUAUAUUCUGAAGUUAAGGAAAAUUACACCGCAUGUUCACAGGAUGGCGCCCUAGUAUCUCUUUACAAUCAACGCACAUAUCCUUGUAUGAUCCAGAAAUAGAUUCUAACGGUGAUCACCUCGGAAAAGUGUUUUCUUUACGGAACAGACACUCCGAGGUAUGGAAAAGAAAACAGAAUUUUAUUUCAUAGAAUAAUCCAAUUAACUCCAAUUAAUGACUGAUGCAUAAUAAUACACAUCUGACAGCUUAGUCCUCCGCGCGGUGCAUGCCGGGAACAAUUAGACGGCCUUGGAAACAUGGCGUCGCACUGACAGCUGGGAGGCACUCAUCAUCUUGUCCAACGAGUGAUACAGAGGUUGGACAGUUUACGGAACCACCGUGCCCGUUAUCACACCGGGAAGGCUCGUGGUACCGGCGGUGAUCCUCGCGUCCAGUCGUCACGCUCGCGUAGACGUUUUAAUAACGGGUUUAUGACGAGUGUCACGCCCACUCCGUAACGUUAGCGGACGCGUUAGCUCGUACCAAGCUAACCAGGCUAACCAGGGUCUGCCUGCUGCUCGCUGCUGUCAGCACCUGAUGACAACCCGGGCUCCAUGAGGAGAGCUGUCUGUCCGCUGUUGUUCUCGGUCUGACGACCACACGAGGUGUCUCUUUAGCAGCGAAAUACAUCCCACAAAGGUGGUCCUUCAAGCAAACCUGAGACUCGAGUAUGUGGAUUUACAGCUAGCAGUGCGCGCUAGCCGGGGCGUUUCUGCUCAUUUCCAGUCUACUGAAUCAUUAAUGUUCGACCCUUUUGGUACAUUUGUCGAGGGAGGAGUGAGCGAUGGGCUCCGGUGGUGCGGUCGAUUCGUCCCAAUGGCUCUCUGUGAAGGAGGAGACGAUUUUCCUCCACGACGGACUCAUUCGGGUCACGGAUCUGGCUGAGCUACCCAGUGAGAUAGGAGUGUCCGAGCAGGGGGACACCGAGCAGGAGAUCCUCACCUUCGAGACCAAGAACCCUGCGGAGUUGGCCGAGCGUCUGCGCGCCGUCUGCGGCAACCAGAGCAAUGCGUACGCCCGUCUGCUAGAGUACCGGCUCAACGCCCUGCGCGGCCUCUGGGGGGCGCAGCGCCAACUGGCCCUGGAGGAGCAGCAGGAGCGCGAGGGCACCGGCGGGGCCGACGAGGAGGCCCUGGCGCUGCUCAAGAGGCAGGGCCUGCUGCAGCAGCCGGAGCAGGCCCCCUUCACCUCCCGCGUGGGCCUGCUGCUCGUCUUCCCCCUGCUGCAGUCGCAGAGCCGCAGCGACCCGGCGCUGUGCGGCGUCACGGCCGAGGUGCUCCUGGGAUGCCUGCGGGACUGCCAGCCGCUCAGCCUCAGCAAGGAGCCGUCCGACUGCCUCAACGGCCUGGAGGGGUUGCUCUGCUCCUGGCUGGAGGACGGGGGCCAGCAGGAGGCCUACCACACCCCGGCCCUCCACGCACACAGGCAGAGGGAGAACGCCGCCGCUGCCCUCGUGGCGCUGGCCUGUGCCAGGGGAUCCCUGAAAACCUUCAUCCACACGGUCCACCUGCUCCAGAAGCAGACCGACCUGGGCCAGCUCCCGGUCGCAGACGUUCUCUACAGACUGCUGGUUCUGGAGGGAGGGCCGGGCUCCCCGUCCUGUCUGCUGGGGGGAAAGCACAGCGUUUCGUGGGGAUUCGAGGACAUGUUGCCCACGCCCGACAGCAGCGCCGGGGCCGCCGAGAGCAAAGACACGGAUCUAGGCCGCUGCCUGGCCACCGACGGCCGCUAUCUGUACACCACCAACUCCUUCGGGAGAGGACUCAGCAAGCUGGGCUCUGGCUUACAUGGAACGCUGAGAGGUUUUGUGUACUGUCGUAACGAGGAGCUGGAGCCGGGCUGGGUGGUGUUCGGUGGCGGCCGGCUCCUCCACCGGCCCACCUCCUUCGACGCCAAGCCCCAUCAGCUGUGCCAUCUCAUCGACCCAUUCACCCUCCAGGCGUGCCAGAUCGUUGCCAUGCCAGCCCACCACUUCCCCGUUGGCAGCAGCAUGACCACCCUGCACCUGUGCUCCGAUGGCACCUACCUGUACUGGAUCUGGUCCCCCGGCAGCCUCAACGAGAAGACCCAGAAGGGCCAUUCUGUGUUCAUGGACGUCUUUCAUUUAGCGACCGACACGGGGCUGUGCGUGGCGGACAUCCUGCAGGAACGGGUCAUCCUCACCCGCAAGGAGGGCGAGUCUUCCAAGUGUCUGAACGAGCUGCUGCUGAGCCGCAUGUCGCGGUUCCGCGCGUCGCACUCGGCCACCCUGGCGGCCCUCACGGGCUCCGCCAUCACCAACACGGUGAAGGAGGAGCAGUCCGCGGUCAACACCAGCUGCGGACUCCCCUUGAAGACGCUGAGGAGGACUCCCAUGUACGUGUGCGGGACGUAUCUGGUGAUGCUGGCCGCGCCACCCGGCGUGUCGGGGAGCUCCGCCACCCGCUCGCUCUUCGGAGGAACCAGCGGCCUCUCGUCGCUCAAAAUUCUAGCCUCCAGCCUGGUCUUCAACCUGACAGACGGGCAGUUCAGCAGCCGAGCUGACCUCAUGGACGCCCCGGGCAGCUCGCUGGGCCGGGGUGCGCAGGUGGCCGGCCUGGGAGCCUGCUACGACGCCCUGAACAACCUGGUGUGGACCACCUCCAGCGACUACAUGGACCAGUGGUUCAACCCCGGGAACCAGGCCUUCCAUCACCUGUGCCAAAGGCUGGGAGUCAGCCACGUCAUCCAGGAACCCAAAGAGGAGACCGUGGCCACCUCGGAGGUGGUCAACCAGCUGCUGCACCACGUGGGCGCCAUGUGCAUCCACCAGCUCAACCUGCUGGCGGCCAGCAGCGGCAGCCUGCCCCUGGGCGCCCUGCUGGGGAAGCAGCACCCCAUCGAGGCGCGCCACUUCAGCAGCAUCUGCGACAUCAUGGAGAAGGCCAUGGUGAACAGCGACACCUGCAUCAUCCGCUGCAUCCUGGUGGUGUUCCAGGUGGUUUUCAGGUUCUUCAAUCCCCAGUCAGAGCAGAACCGGGACAGCGUGCGCCGGGCCGGCCUGCUGCUGUGGCAGCUGCUCAUGGCUCCGGUGGAUCAGAUCGGAGCGGAGAUCCAGAGGGAGGUGUGCCUGGCUAUCAGCUCGGGCCUAAACACACUGUACCAGGGCCCGGCGGAACUCAACAAACUGCUGAAGUUGGUGCUGACAGAAGGCGAGAGAAACAGCGGUCUUUCCCAGCUUCGUGACGUCAUCCUCACCAACUUGGCCGAGCAGCUGCAGAAGAAUCGAUUCGGGAGUGAGGAGGACGACCACUACAGGCUGAACGACGAGCUGCUCCACUACAUCCUGAAGACGGUGGUCCGGGAGUCCUGCCUCCUCAUCACCAAGUGUCAGACGGUUGCCCGUGACGACUUCCAGAAGCUGCUCUCCACUGUGCCGGUGGUCUCGCCAAGCCUGAGCUACCUCAUGGCCGUCCAGAACCACCUUCUCAGUAACACGGUGCUGAUUCGCCCCGACGACGGGGACGACAGCGACAGCUCCCUGCAGGGGGAAACCGUGAAGGUACAGGAGCUGCAGAACAGCAUCCUGUCCCUCUCCACCAAGAUCCUGGUGGGCUGCGACGAGGCGGUGGAGACCCUACAGCAGGUGACCACUGCCCUCAUCAACAGUGACAUCCCUGACCGGGAGACCAGACUAAAAGGUCUGGAGCAGGUGACCAAGGCCACCAUGUUGGGCCACCUGCUGCCCGUGCUGCUGACCUCGCUGAUGCACCCCAACCUACAGACCCUCACCCUGGCCGACGCCCUCAUGCCCCAGCUAGUCCAGCUGGUGCUCUACACCAGCCAGACGGCGCUGUUGCUGAAGACCCAGGCGCCGCUCUUCACGGAGGGACCUUCGUCCGGGUCCUUGGCUCAAGGGGCCAAGGCGUGUCCGUUGGAAGACAGGAUCCUGGAUGAGAGGGAAGAGCCGGGGUUCCUGACCGGCCUCAAGAUCCCGACCCCGUGGGCCGCUGGGAAGACGGUGGAGACGGUGCACCCGGUCCGGGACAACUACAAGUUCAAGGAGACGGUGCACAUCCCCGGGGCGCGGUGCCUGUACCUGAGGUUCGACUCCCGGUGCUCCUCGCAGUACGACUACGACAAGCUGGUUGUUUACGCCGGUCCCAACACCAACAGCCGGAAGGUGACUGAGUACGGGGGGAACACGCUGGGGUACGGCAGUCGCAGUGUCCUGGGGACCGGGUGGCCCAAAGACCUCGUCAAGGUCGAGGGCGACACCGUGACGUUCUCGUUCGAGAUGCGGAGCGGCCGCGAGCACAACACCCCGGACAAAGCCAUGUGGGGCUUCUCCUGCACGGUCCGGGCCCAGGAGUCAUCGGAGGACGUCUCCGGGGGCCUCCCCUUCCUGGCAGACCUGGCUCUGGGCCUGUCGGUGCUGGCGUGCUCCAUGCUGCGCAUCCUGUACUACGGCCCCGAGGUCACCCGGGAGGAAGAGGCCUGCCACGAUCUGCUCUGCUCAAAGCUGCUCCAGAGGUGCCAGUGGCAGGUGGAGGCCAACGGGGCCAUCUCCCCGGCCCUCACGCCCAGCCCGUCCCCGCUGCCCCUCACCAUCGACGAGGACCGGGAGUUCACCUACCCCUCCGACGUGCUCAUCCCCCCGCCGGGCAUCAUGUCGGGCAGCCACUUCGACCUGCCGCGCAUCCGCCUGCCCCCGGGCAUCAUGGGUCGGCUGAGGGAGGUGUCGGGGAGGGCCCGGCCGCAGUUCCGCCCCAGCAUCAAGGAGGUGAUCCGGCCCGACGUGAUGGAGGAGGUCAUCGUGUCCUGCGUUAUCAAGCACCUCACGCUGGUGGACGCGCUGCAGUCCCUGGUGAACUACCAGUACCGCGAGGAGCACGCCGAGGAGUACGACCUGGUGUGCAAGAUCAUGACGGAGACCUUCAAGAAGAUCAACGCCAUGGAGCGCCAGCUGCAGUGUGUGGCCGAGCUGGAGCAGAAGUGGCAGAGCGAGGUGGACGAGGCCCAGCAGGGGAAGCUGGAGAACAACGCUCCCUUCUUCCACGACUACCAUUUCUUCGAGAACAAAAUGAAGGAGCUGGAAUUACUCUGCUCCCUGAAGGAGGUUCCCCUCGACUUCAGCGAUCUGGAGAAUGUCGUCCUGGCGUUGAGGGAAAAGUUCUUCCAGGAAGUGAACUCCAUCCACCUGAAGAGCAGCGCGCCGCUGAGCAAGACCAAAGCCCUGGUGAAGAGCCUGAUGAACCGCACCGACCUCCUCCUCCACGUCACCAUCGCUCCUCACUGCAGGAGCCUGGCCACCACGCCAGCCGGGACGCCAGGGCCUGCCUCCAAGUCGGUGUCGGACAGCAAGACGGGGGUCCCCAACGCCAAGCAGCCGGCGUUCCUGCGCAGCAUGUCCGCUCCCUCCGACCUGGAGAUGAUCGCCAACCAGGACCUGGAGUUCACACACGCGCCCCAACGGAGGCGACACCACCCCACCAGUCACCGCAGCAGCUCCUUCACGCUGCUACAGUCGCUGGCCCACGAGGACAGCCGGGACAAGCCCACCUACAGUGUGCUGCUGGGACAGCUCUUCGCCUUCAUCGGGACCACGCCCGACCAGGCUGUGUCCAGCAGCAGCUUCCUGUCGGCGGCGCAGACCCGGUGGCGGCGAGGAAGCACGCGGAAGCAGGCCCUGGUGCACAUGAGAGAGCUGCUCACCGCCGCCGUGCGCGUGGGCGGAGUCACGCACCUGGUGGGGCCGGUGACCAUGGUGCUGCAGGGGGGGCCCAGGAUCGAGGAGCUGACCUGCGGGGGCAUGGUGGACCAGGUCCAGGAGGCCUUCGGAGAGACCAUGACCUCGGUGGUGUCUCUCUGCGCCCGCUACCCCAUCGCCUGCGCCAACAGCAUCGGCCUGCUGUGCACCAUCCCCUACACCAGGAGUGAGGAGCAGUGCCUGGUGCGCAGCGGCCUGGUGCAGCUCAUGGACCGCCUGUGCAGCCUGAGCAGCCAGCGGGAGGGCAGCAGCUCCAACGAGAAGCAGACCAAGAAGCAGAAGGUGGCCACCAUGGCGUGGGCAGCCUUCCAGGUGCUGGCCAACCGCUGCAUCGAGUGGGAGAAGGUGGAGGGCGGCUCCACCGACGCCGUCCACUCGGGCCUGGCCCGCCAGGUGUCCAGCCUGCUCACCAACCACCUGGCCCGCGCCACCGAGUGCUGCGGCAACCAGGCAGCCGGGAACGACGCCCUCCAGGACGUCCUCAGUCUGCUCAACGACCUGUCCAGGAGCCACAUCGGGAAGACCAUCCUGAGCCAGCCGGCCUGCGUGUCCAAGCUGCUGUCCCUGCUGCUGGACCAGCGGCCCUCGCCCAAGCUGGUACUGAUCAUCCUGCAGCUGUGCCGUGCCGCCCUGCCCCUCAUGAGCGUGGAGGACUGCGGCAACGUGGCGCUGCCCACCUGGAGCUACUCCAUCAGCACGCUGGACGCCGAGCAGCAGGACGCCAGCGACCCCGCCUCCCGCAUCGCCGCCCUGCUGCUGGCCAAGCUGGCCGACUACGUGGUGCCAGGGUGCCAGACCCUGCUCUCCCCCAGUGCCUCUGAGCCCGACACCAGCCUGACCCGCGCCAGCUCAAAGGGCGCCCUGAAGUCGGACAAGGAGGGCGGCGAGGAGGGGGAGGCGGUGGACGGCAAGCUCUCCAUCUUCAUCCACAAGAGGGAGGACCAGUCGUCCCACGAGGUCCUGCAGCCGCUGCUCAGUAGCUCAGAAGGUCGGCCCUUCCGACUGGGCACCGGAGCCAACAUGGAGAAGGUGGUGAAGAUGGACCGAGACAUGACCAAGAGUGGCAGCUGUGAGGUGAUCACCGAGGAGGCGUCCGCCGCCCUGAGGAAGGCCAAUAAGUGGGCUCAGUCGGGGCUGAUCGUGAGCGUCGGGCCCCCCGUGGAGGCCGCACCCCCGGAGGUGGCUGGGGGGGUCACCACCGGCGACAAGAAGAAGACGGCUCAGACUGCAGUGUGCCGGGACCGCAACUCGGACCUGGCCAGGUCAGACCCGGUGAGGCCGUUCAUCAGCGGCCACGUGGCCAACAGCAUGGCGGCGGAGGUGAUCGCCCUGCUGCACAGCCUGCUCACAGCCCCCGAGUCCAACACCGCCCAGAUCUGGACCAGCACGGCCGAGAAGGUGCUCUCCCGGGCGCUGAUGUUCAUCCCUCAGCUGGGGAAGUACGCGGAGAGCAUCCUGGAGACGGGCAGCAGCAGCGGCAGGAAGCUGGCCAAGCUGCAGGCCAUCGGGAGGCAGGCCGUGGCCGCGCUCUGCGCCCUGGGGGGCUUCAAGGAGACCAUCAAGAUCGGCUCCGAGGUCCAGGUGGUGGGCAAGGGGGUACUGGGCAGUGUGGGCGUGGUACUCUCCAUCAACGAGCAGGAGGGCAUCGCCACGGUGAAGUUCCCGUCCUGCGAGUACAGACGAGCGUGCAAAUCCUCGGACGUCCUGACCGUACCCAUAUCUCGCCUCUGCACACCCAGAUCCGAGGCCCUGCCCCUCUACAAGCUGUCCAUCACGGAGAAGGUGGUGCAGGCGGUGCAGUCCAUGCUGCUGCCACAGGAGGGCAGCCUCUCCAUCCACACCUCGCUCCCGGCCACCGGGGACGGCUCCAGCCCCGUCAUGGCCGCCGUGCGCCUGCUGGCCGAGAUCAGGACCAGGGCGUGUCUGGUGAUGGCUCAGCUGCUGGAGGACAGCUCCUUCUGCGAGGAGUUCAUCCAGCAGUGCCCCGCGGCGGUGGAGGUGCUGAACCUAGUGGCCCAGGAGUGCAGCCCCGGGGAGCGUCUGGGCAUGGUGGAGUCCCAGUGCGAGCGGGUGCGGAUGCUCUACCGCGACUGUGCGCGACCGCCGCCCCCGCCACUACAGACGGAGAGGCGCCAGCCCAAGGAGAUCACCUGGUGCCCCUGCAGGGUGUUCCCCCCGGUCCGGGCCUGCAUGUUCUCCUCCAGGCUCACCUCCGUCACCUUCCUGGCGGACCCCAGCGCUGGAGGGGGGCUGCCCAGGGGCACUUUCAUCUACGCCACCUCGCCUGUACCCGUGCAGGCCCCGUCCUUCUACUGGGAGAUCGAGAUUGUCUCCUAUGGAGACUCGGAGGAGGACAGCGGGCCCAUCGUGUCCUUCGGCUUCGCCACGGAGGCGGAGAAGCGUGACGGGGCGUGGACCAACCCCGUGGGCACCUGCCUCUUCCACAAUAAUGGCCGGGCGGUGCACUAUAACGGCUCCAGCCUGCUGCAGUGGAAGAGCGUCAGACUGGACGUGGCUCUGCUCCCUGGCGACGUGGCAGGGAUCGGGUGGGAGCGGUCGGAAGGCACACCACCACCCCCAGGCCAGGCCCCUAAGGGCCGGGUGUACUUCACCUACUGCGGCCAGCGCCUCAGCCCCACCCUGGAGGACGUAGCGGGCGGGAUGUGGCCCCUGGUGCACAUUCAGAAGAAGAACACAAAGAUCCGGGCCAACUUCGGCUGCCGCCCCUUCGCGUACGCCGACGGCCAAGCGCACCGCAACGCGGCCGACCUCUGCGUGGACCUGGCCGAGGAGAUCAGCGCCAACUUCGAGGCCCUGCCCUUUGCCAUGGCGUCCGACAGUGACAACGACGCCGGGACCAGCGUGGCGUCGGACUCGGGCUCGCACGGACCCCCCUGCCGCAUCGCCGCCGUGGCGGUCGCCCAGCAACAGUACAACAGCGACCUGUCGGGACACUACAAGGUGGAGCUGAGCUACGAGAACCUGGUGACCUCGGGGCCCCAGCCCCACCUGGCCCCCAUCGCCGACGAUGAGACCGACGAAGACGACGAUGACGACGUCCCGAGGGAGGACCACUACGCCUUGCUGGUUAAGGCCUGGGAGACCAAAGUCUUCCCCACCAUCCGCAGACGCUUCCGGAACGAGGCGGAGAGGAAGUCCGGCCUGGACCAGAUCAAAGGGGCCCUGCAGCUGGGCAUGGUGGACAUCGCCAGGCAGACGGUGGAGUUCCUGUACGAGGAGAACGGCGGUAUCCCGCGGGACUUGUACCUCCCCACCAUCGAAGACAUCAAGGAGGAGGCCAACAAGUUUACCAUCGACAAAGUCCGAAAAGGCCUGACGGUGGUCAUCCGCUGCCCCGACAGCAACAACACCAACAGCACCACCGGGGGCAUGGCCCUGCCCAAGUUCGCCAUCCGGGGCAUGCUGAAGACCUUCGGGCUGCACGGCGUGGUCCUGGACGUGGACUCUGUGAAUGAGCUGGUGCAGGUGGAGACGUACCUGCGCAGCGAGGGGGUCCUUGUGAGGUACUGGUACCCCAUCGAGAUGCUGGAGAGGCCCCCCGCUGGGUCCCGGAGGACCGCCGCCAACGGCCUCGUGUCCCUGGACAGCAGCAACAUCCAGAUCCACAGGGAGUUGAUGCGCUGUGAGAGCGCCCUGGCCCGGCUGUAUUGCCGCAUGGCCCUGCUGAACAUCUUCGCCCCCAAGAACCCCCACACCUUCACCCGCCUCUUCCACAUCCCCGCCGUCCGAGACAUCACGCUGGAGCACCUGCAGCUGCUGUCCAAUCAGCUGCUGGCUCCGCCUCUACCUGAUGGCACCAUCAGCUCCAGCUCCAUCCUGCUGGCCCAGUCCACGCUGCACAACCUCCAGGGCCAGAGCUGCUCCCCCACUGACCUGUUCUACCAGGGCAACGCCCGGCCCAUCCGCGAGUGGCUGACGGUGGCCAUUACCCGGGCCAUGCACCAGGGGGAGGACAGCCUGCUGGAGCUGACCAAGCAGAUCUGCUGCUUCCUGCAGAACGCCCCGGAGCAGUUCACGUCGGAGGAGUUCCCCGUCAGCGAGUCCAAGGUCAGCAUGGACGUGAGCUUCCCCGGCGCGGCCUUCGUCAUCGCGUCCUGCAGGGAGGGCCAGCUGGGCAGCCGCAAGGACUCCAGCCUGUACAAGGCCCCCUGGGCGCGGGUGAUGGUGUACGGCCUGGGUCACAAGGUGCGGCGGAACGGCCAGCUGAACCUGAUGGAGGCGGUGUGCUACCCGCGGGACGCCUCGCCCACCAACACGGGCCUCACGCCCCCGCCCACCACCAACCAGUACCCCUCCGUCAUCAUCCCCACCGACAAGGUGCACAUCAAGCUAGGGGUGUCGCCCCCGCCUGGCGCGGUGCUGGUACUGCACUCCCUGCCGCUGGAGUUCCCCCUGGCCAUGGCGUUCGCCGAGCAGCUGCUGACGUGGAGGCUGAGCGAGAGCAGCGAUCAGUCGGAGGACGAGCUGGACACGCUGCCCUCGUCGGUGCUGCUGCAGGUGGUGGAGCUGCUGGGCGGGCUGCUGUGGAACACGGACCUGGCGCCCUGCAUCAAGGAGCUCAGCUUCCACCUGCUGGCCGAGCUCUUCCGCAAGGUGCACCAGCUGGAGCAGCGCAAGGGCCCCGCCGGCCUGGCCAGCUCCAUCGGCCUGCUGCUCAACCCCUGCCUGGCCGUGGUCAUGGCCCUGCAGACGGAGCUCCGCACGCUGUACGACCGCGAGACCCAGGGCUGGGCGGCGGCCGGUGGGGGGGCGGCUGGCGGGGGGGCCGGGGGCUCCUCCUCCUCCGCCUCCUCCUCCUCCUGCUGCGGGGGCGCCGCCCUGGCCCUGGGCACGGAGCAGAGCCGCUUCUCCACCUACUUCCACGCCCUGAUGGAGGUGUGCCUGUCGGUGUCGGAGGUCACGCUGCCCCUCAACGUGGGCGCGGGCGUGUCGGCGGGCGCGCUGUCCUCCGCCAGCGCGCCCAACCUCAGCGACUCGUCAUCGUCGUCGUCGUCGUCGCCGGGACAGACGCCGCAGAGCCCCAGCCUGCUGUCCAAGCGCAAGAAGGUCAAGUUGAAGCGGGAGCGGGCGGCGGCGGCGGUGGCCGCAGCCGUGGCCGCCGCCUCCUCCGGGAAGCGCGGGAGCGGCGGAGGCGGCGGAGGGGGGGCGCGGCUCUCGGAGAGCGACAGCGCCCUGCUGAACAUGGCGGGUGGCAAGCCCGAGGACAUGCUGUGGUUCCACCGCGGCCUCACCCUGCUCAUGAUCCUGCGCCACCUGGCCAACAAGGACCCCCAGGGGCUGAGCGUGACCAGCGACGCCGUGACGGACGCCUGCCAGGCCCUGGUGGGGCCCACGGCCCACGGCCGCCUGCUGGUGCUCUCGGGCAUCCCCACGCACCUGGAGGAGCCGGUGGUGCGCGGCGCCAUCCGCCGCGCCUGCAACGCCCACGGCGGGCUGUUCAAGGACGAGAUCUUCAUCCCCCUGCAGGAGGAGGAGCCCAAGAAGCCCAAGCCCGCCGCAGUGCGGCUCUGCAGCCCCCAGGACGGCCGGCCGGGGGGGCCCGAGCAGCCCGAGCGGCCCUCGCCCGGGGGCCCCGAGAGCCCCGACAGCUCCAGCAGCGCCACACCCGCCAUGAGCGUGAGCGCGUCGGGCUCCACCAGCCAGACCUCCAUCUGCAGCUCCUCCCAGGGGGUCUCGCGCACCACCAGCGAGCUGUCGGUGGACCAGGACCCGCUGGUCGGCCUGCCCCCGGGGCAGAACGCCGCCGCCGCCAACGCCGCCACCGCCGGGGGCUACCCCCCGCCGGGCCCCCCCACAGAGCCCCAGAACGUGUCGAGCCAGGAGAGCCUGGACGUCUCCCUGUGCAGCACGGGGAGCCUGGGCAGUCUGGGCAGCCUGGGGGAGACCCCCGAGAGCGGGGACGCGGCGUCGGUGUCCGACGGGGGCUCCAUGUACACCGUCACCUCCAUGGACAGCCACGUGGUCCUGGCCCGCCCCAUCAAGGGCUAUGCCGUCAUAGAGGUGCGUUCCCGCGCCAAGGUGGAGAAGAUCCGCGCCAGCCUCUUCAACAGCAGCGACCUGAUCGGCCUCUCCAGCCUGGAGGGUGAGGAGGAGCUGAUGGAGCUGACCAGCGAGGAGAUCCUCACGGCGUCCAGCGUUAACCAGAGCCUGUUCGACACCCAGGGCAGCUCGGCGCUGGAGGACUACUUUCUGGACAAGUCCCUGAGAGGGGACAAGCUGGUGCCGGGUGCACGGGACGUCCUGACGGACAUCUUCAAGAGCUGCGUCCACUCGGAGCAGAUGCUGAGCCUCACGCCCGUCAAGCCGGCCAAGGUGUCGGACAUUUACCUGAGCAAGGAGCAGAUCAGCGCCCAGACCCCCGGCAACCUGCUGCACGUCUUCUUCACGCACGCUCGACCGCCCAAGAAAGUUCUGGACGACCAGCUGACGCAGAUCCUGCGAAAGUACGGCACCUCCAAGCCCAACAAGAACAAGUACAGCAAGGCGGGCAAGGAGCAGCACCCGGGCAAGGUGGUGAGCACCAAGAGACCCAUCAGCAAGCCCGUCACCAAAGAGAAGUCGGUGCUCAACUGCGUCAGCAGGACUGCUCUGUGCGAGAAGAAGACGGUCCUGAAGCCCAAGUCUCCAGAGAAGUCUCGGCCCGACGAGAAGGACGUGGAGAAGUCUCCCGCCAAGAAGCCUGAAGUGCCAGAGGAGAAGUUCCUCACCCUGGAAGGAUUCCACAAGUUUGCGAUGGACCGAGCCAAGCAGGAGGUCCGUAGCGUGUGGAGGGCGAUCCUGGCCUGCGGUUACGACCUCCACUUUGAAAGGUGCACGUGCAUAGACACCCGCCACGCCCAGAAGGCCAGCCGCAAGUGGGGCCUGGAGAUGGAUGUGGCUCUGGUCCAGUACAUCAACAGGCUGUGCCGGCACCUGGCCAUCACCCCGGCCCGGCUGCACCCCCACGAGGUCUACCUGGAGCCCAGUGACGGAGCCGACCCGCGAGUGGCCUGCCUGCUCAAUGUGCCCGUAGAGAGCCUGCGUCUGCGCUUCGCUCUGCUGCAGUCCCUCAACAACACCCUGGAGAGCUUCUUCCUGCCGCUGGUGGAGCUGCGACAGACGCACACCUACCAGAACAGCAUCGCCGCGCUGCUGUGUGAAGCCAAAGGUCUGGUGUACUACGACACCAAGGUGACGGUCAUGAACCGAGUGCUGAACGCCACCGUCCAGCGUACGGCCGACCACGCCGCCCCCGAGAUCACCUUGGACCCCCUGGAGAUCGUGGGAGGGGAGAUCCGGUCUUCAGAGAACACGUACUUCUGCCAGGCGGCCCGCCAGCUGUCUUGCGUGCCCUCCUCGCAGCUCUGCGUCAAGCUGGCCAGCGGGGGGGACCCCACCUACGCCUUCAACAUCCGCUUCACGGGGGAGGAGGUUCACGGCACCAGCGGCUCCUUCAGACACUUCCUGUGGCAGGUGUGCAAGGAGCUGCAGAGCUCGGCCCUGUCCCUGCUGCUACCCUGCCCCAGCGCGGCAGCCAAUCGCAACAAGGGGAAGUACAUCCUGACGCCCUGUCCCAUCAGCUACGCCGACGAGCAGCUGCUGCACUUCCUGGGCCAGCUGCUGGGCAUCGCCAUCCGCGCCGACGUGCCCCUGCCGCUGGACCUGCUGGCCUCCUUCUGGAAGGGCCUGGUGGGCCAGCCCCUGGACCCCGAGCACGACCUUCAGGACGCCGACCUGCUCACCUACAACUACGUCAAGAAGUUCGAGAGCGUGGGAGACGAGGGGGAGAUGGACGCCCUGUGUGCGGAGAUCUCGUCCCAGUACCACUCGGGGGAGAGUCCCGACUCCCCCGGCCGGCCCUGCUGCACCUUCACCUACGUCACCAUGACGGGGGAGGAGGUGGAGCUCUGUCAAGGCGGCCACAACAUCGCCGUUAGCUGGGAGAACAAGGGGGAGUAUGCGCGGGCGGUGCGUGCGCUGCGGCUGCGCGAGCUGCACAACGCCGAGUGCAUGAGCGCGGUGCGCGCUGGCCUGGCCUCCAUCAUCCCCCUGCAGCUGCUCACCAUGCUCAGCCCCCUGGAGGCCGAGCUGCGCACCUGCGGCCUGCCCUACAUCAACCUGGAGUUCCUGAAGGCCCACACCAUGUACCAGGUGGGUCUGAUGGAGACGGACCCUCACAUCGAGUUCUUCUGGACGGCGCUGGAGAUGUUCACUCAGGAGGAGCUCUGCAAGUUCAUCAAGUUCGCCUGCAACCAGGAGCGUAUCCCCUUCACCUGCCCCUGCAAGGACGGGGGCCCCGACACCGCCCACGUGCCCCCCUACCCCAUGAAGAUCGCCCCCCCCGACGGAGCCGCCGGCUCGCCAGACUCGCGCUACAUCCGGGUGGAGACGUGCAUGUUCAUGGUGAAGCUGCCCCAGUACACGUCGCUGGAGGCCAUGCUGGAGAAGCUGCGCUACGCCAUCCACUACCGCGAGGAUCCACUCAGUGGCUAGGCCCUGGCCCCGCC